AUGGCUAAGGCUCAGAAGUCGUCCAUAGAGAGGCUCAGCAAGCCGAAGUUUCGCCUCAAGACGCCGCCACUCUUCCCGAUACGGCAAUUCCGGGCUAAGCCAGUCCCAUGGUCUUCGCGCAGAGGGUCAUCGAGGAGGCCCAAGUCCGCUAUUGUUAGUAGUGGACGAAAGGCAAUUGAAGAUGCUGAUGGACGAGGGAAAAUGGUGGAAAAUGAAGCCAUUAGGGGAGAAGUUGUGCCGGCAAGCGACAGUGGUCGGCUCGCUGAUGUGGCUCAUGUGUAUGUGGAAGCUAUGGUGAUGAAAGCGGCAGCCUCAACUGAGUUGCAGCCGGCCGCUGGUCCCGAACCGCUAGUAGUGGAGUGGUCACAUCUUGAGCAGGAUGGACCACACAACGAAUUGGACAGGGGAGGAGUUAGUCCAGCCAGCGAGGCGGCCAUCGUGGAGGCUACAUUAGUCGAUAUAUCGGAUUAUUCGGACGUUGUGGUGACGGUCAAUAAGGCGCCAGUGGUUGACCUAGACCUCGUGCCUGACUCUAGGCCAGCUCCUCAGCUGCUCGACAAGGGCGAUGUUAAGGCAAUACCGGCUGAUGGGGAUCGCUCGCCACAGGUAUCCUCGCGUUCAGCUGUUCUUGAAGGAGAUGACAAGUGUGAUGAUGAUGUAGGCGUAUAUGAUCCUAGGAAAUACUCGGAUGAGAUUGAGCAAAGCGACUGGCUAGUUGAGCGGACUGCUCCCCCUGUCACUUUGGAGGGCAGCCAGAGAGAUCCUCUUGGAGCGUUGUUUGGUAACUACUCUAUUAGAAGGGAGAGCACAGAGGCAGAGGUGACCGAUCUAGAGCAGCUGUUCGCGGCAGUGGACCUCAAUAGCUUGUAG